AUGUACAGUAUACAGAUGAGCAAUGGAGGUGGAUACACUGAAGGUUAUAUGGCAAUCCCAUUACAGUAUUCAUCAACUCGAUACAUCUUUCCUUCUUUCAAGGCUUCAGACAGUUCUAUCACGAUCUCAUCGAUUCAUGACAAUAACAAGAUUCAGAUAAAUCUGAAAAUGGAAAAAGAACCACUUACGUACAUGGGCGUUUCAUACAGCAAUAACGAUAAUAUCACAGUACUUUUCAAUAAAUACUUCUCGUUAAAGCUGUCAGAUACAUCUGACUUAUCUGGGACUUUAGUAUCAACCUCAAAACCUGUAUCUGUGUUAAGCAGCAGUGCAUGCACAACAAUAGUAGGAGGUUUAGGUUGUAAUGAGCUAUUGGAGACCGUGUUACCUAUUAACCAGCUAGAUCAAUCAUACAUCAUACCAGAAAUAGAAACAAGACCAAAAAGCUCUGUGAGAAUAUUUUGCACGGAAACUACUACUUUGAGAGUGAUAAAUAAUAAACAAGAAACAUAUAUAUUAAUCCAUGGACAAGAACACUUUGAAUUUAUCCAUGAAAAGGUUUCACAUGUGCAUGCUAAUAACAAUGUGUUGGUCAUGCUUUAUGCACAUGAAAUUCCUCCCAGUGGACACGGAUCUGUUUUUAUGAUGACGAUACAAGGACGUAAUCAGUACUUAUCAGAAUACCAUUUUGCAGUUGCAGAUAAUUUUACAAGCUUCAUAAGUGUCACCGUAAUCUCUGAAGCGUUGGAUGGGUUUUCUCUUGACGGUGCGCUUAUAACAAUAAGAAGUGCUUACAAUAUUCAUGACGGAGCAGAAUACUAUAGUACGUUUAGUUUACCAGUAACUGCUGGAAAUCAUAACAUGAAACAUGCGAGAGGGGUACGCUUUGGGCUUUGGGUAUAUGGACAAAAUACAAAUUACGAUUCAUAUGGCUAUCCCGCUGGUAUUGCUUUCAAGACAAUAUAA